UUUAAUUCCCAUGUUUCAAAAAAAUUUAAUUCCCCAAAACGACGACGUUUUUAAACCCCACGCAAACCUUCCCAUAAAAGAAUACAGAAAAUAUAAAAACAACCCAGCAGCAACAAUUCACCACCCUUUUUAAAAUCAUCUUCUUCUCAAACUCUCCCAAAAAAAAAAAACCCUAAUUCCCAAAUUUCCCCUCUUUCUCUCUCCUCCGAAUCGCAUCAAUGGCAGGCGGAGGCCCCAAUUUGGAAUGUCGGAUGUACGAAUCUCGAUACCCAGAAGUGGAUAUGGCGGUAAUGAUUCAGGUGAAGAACAUCGCAGACAUGGGUGCGUAUGUUUCUCUUUUGGAGUACAACAAUAUCGAAGGAAUGAUCCUUUUCUCUGAACUUUCUCGUCGUCGUAUUCGGAGUGUUAACAGUCUUAUUCGGGUGGGUCGUACUGAACCCGUUAUGGUUCUUAGGGUUGAUAAGGAAAAGGGUUACAUCGAUCUUAGUAAACGUAGGGUUUCUGAAGAAGAUAUUGCUCAAUGUGAGGAACGCUAUAAUAAGAGUAAGCUUGUUCAUUCGAUUAUGCGUCAUGUUGCCGAAACUAUGAACAUGGAUUUGGAGGAUUUAUACAUACGUAUAGGGUGGCCUCUGUAUCGGAAGUAUGGUCAUGCUUUUGAGGCGUUCAAGGUAAUUGUGAAUGACCCUGACACUAUUUUGGAUCCACUCACCUAUGAAGUCAAAGAAACCGGUCCUGAUGGUCAGGAGGUUACAAAAGUGAUUCCUGCUGUAACCCCAGAGAUCAAGGUUUCUCUGAUUAAGAAUAUUAGACGAAGAAUGACUCCUCAGCCUCUAAAAAUCCGUGCUGAUAUUGAAAUGAAAUGUUUCCACUUUGACGGAGUGCUUCAUAUCAAGGAAGCUAUGCGUAAAGCUGAAGCCUCUGGAACAGAAGAUUGCCCUGUGAAAAUUAAACUAGUUGCUCCACCACUUUAUGUCUUGACCACUCAGACUCUUGAUAAGGAACAAGGUCUUGCCACCCUUCACAAGGCAAUUGAAGCUUGUACUAAAGAAAUUGAACAUCACAAGGGAAAGCUGGUGGUGAAGGAGGCGCCAAGAACUGUGAGUGAAAGGGAUGAUAAACUAUUCCUGGAGCAGUUGGAGAGUUUGCGUCGGGGAAACCUUGAGAAGAGUGGUGACGAGAACAGUGAAGAUGAAGAUGAAACUGGAAUGGGUGAUGCUGAUAUUGAUAACGCCGGGUUAAACGAAUAGGUUGAAUCUAGAAGAAAAUUAAUAGAAAGGGGGAGUUGAUGGCAGAUUAUCUUCUCCUCAACCUUGCCAAUGAAUUUUCAUACUAUUUAUUGUUGGAUUGGUUGAGUUAUGUACAUGGCCGGAAAAAGGCUUCUUUUUGGCUACGUGGUAGUUUUUGUUUCCUGAGGUUGCUGAUUGUUAUGCUACAAAAUUUAGUUAAAGACGCCUAUAUGAGAUUAAUUCACAUAGUUCUGGUAAA